GCCUCCCACCGUCUGGCCUGUUCGUUGGUCAGCAGUCCUGAUUAUGUGCGGACCAUUCAUCUCGGAGGGGUGGAGUUUACGGAGCCAAUGAGGGGUCUUAACAUGUGUGUCCCCCGGUCGAGUGCCAAUAUUUCCGCCCCUGCUCCUGCGCUGAGCGGCUCUACGAGGAAGCCUGUAAAUGGGCUGUGAAACGAGGCUGCGCUGACUUCCUUUGAAUGACCCUCCAUGGAACCGAAGCGGAGGAUGGACGGAAACCUGUGUCCGCUUGUGAUCCUGUCUGUGGCCCUGCUGUCCGCCGACCUGUUGCUCUCCUCAGCUGCCUUCCUGGAGCCGUUCGACCUGCUGUAUGACAACGCCGUGCGGGCUUUCUACGGCAGCGACUACGAGAGCGUGGUGCGCAACUUGGAAGGAGCGCUCAGCAGCCACAGGGAAGCCCAGCGCACCAGGGUCCGGUGCCGGCUGAGGUGCCAGGACCAGCAGCCGUUUGAUGAAACCUUCUCGGACCUGCGCUUCUUCGACGUGGUGCUGCGCAGGGCUGCGUGCAUGAAGGCGUGCAUUGAGGCGAAACUCGGCACCCAGUCUCUCCAUAAGGUCAGCGAUGAGGUCAUACAGGACUUCAACAGGAGGAUCCCCUACAACUACCUCCAGCUGGCUUACCAGAAGCUGAAGCAGCCCGAAAAGGCGGCAGCAGCGGCUCAUACCUAUUUCCAGGCCAAUCCGGAACAUGUGGAGAUGGGCCAACACCUCGAACAGUACAAAAACCUGCAGGGUGUAGAGGAAAACCACUUUGUGGACCGAGAAGCCCGGCCUCACCAGCAAUCGUUCACCGCGGCAGUGAAGUUAUACGACCAGGGCGACUAUGAAGGAGCUGUAACGCUGUUCGAGGAGGCUUUGGUGGGAUACUACAGAGCCGACGUGGAGUGCCGGGCCCUGUGCCAGGGUCCGCAGAAGUUUGAGGGCCACGAUCACGUACGCUACCGUUACAGCCUGCAUGAGGUUGUGUCGGAUCAUUUCACUCAGGUGCUGCACUGUGAGCACGAGUGCGUCCGAGACCUGGCAACCCGCCCAAGCCGCCUGUCUCCCAUGGAGAACUACCUGCCUCUUCACUAUGACUACCUCCAGUUUGCCUACUUUAAAGUCAACAGGCUAGAGGAGGCGCUGCAGUGCGCCCUGACCUACCUUCUGUUCCACGAGAACGACGAGUUCAUGAUGGACAACGUGGAUUACUACAGAGAAAUCCUGGGACUUGACGGCAACCCACGAGAGGAAGCUGAACGGUACCUGAGGAGGCACCAUCUGGAACUGGAGCUCCUUGUAAUGGGCAGCAGAAUAAUGGGGGUUGAUUUCUCUGAUGGGAAUUACUGGAGAAGCACAGGAGGCAGGGAUGAUUCGAACAGGAUCCCCUCCGGCACAGAUGGCUGGAUGGAGUACGUUCCCAUCUCAGAGAAGAAAAACAUCACUGUGAUUGUUUCACAGCAGCUUAAAGAGGGCGGGCCCCUGCUGUACGACAAUGUGCAGCUGGUGCAGACCUCUGUGGCUCUGAACGGGACCCAGCGGGUGCUGCUGGAUAAUGUCAUAUCUGAGGAGGAGUGUGCAGAGCUCAGAAAGCUGGCACAUGCUGUGACCAUGGCAGGAGACGGUUAUAGAGGGAGGAUGUCUCCGCACACGCCCAACGAGAAGUUUGAGGGAGCCACUGUACUGAAAACGCUGCAGUAUGGCUACGAGGGCAGAGUGCCCAUGAGCAGCGCUCGACUCUUCUACGACACCAGCGAGCGAGUGAGACGGAUCGUGGAGUCCUACUUCAUGCUGAACACCACGCUCUACUUCUCCUACACUCACCUGGUGUGCCGGACGGCCAUCACAGGCCAACAAGAUCACAGGAACGACCUGAGCCAUCCGAUCCACGCCGACAACUGUCUGCUGGAUCCGGACGCCAACGAGUGUUGGAAAGAACCGCCGGCGUACACGUACAGGGACUACAGCGCACUGCUAUAUCUGAAUGGAGAUUUUGAAGGAGGGGAGUUUAUAUUCACAGAAAUGGAUGCCAAAACCGUCACGGCAUCUAUAAAACCAAAGUGUGGUCGGCUGGUGGGCUUCUCAUCAGGGGGAGAGAACCCACACGGCGUGAAAGCCGUCACCAGUGGGCAGAGGUGUGCUGUGGCUCUAUGGUUCACCUUGGAUCCGCUCUACAGAGAACUGGAGAGGCUGCAGGCUGAUGAGGUGAUCCAGGCUUUGGACACACAGUCUGUUUGGAGUCAAGGCCUCAACAUCAACCCUAGAGAUGAACUGUAGAAGCAGUCUGAAAAAUGAAAAAACAACUCAUCACUUCUUCCCUGUCCUCUUCGGUGAAAUUUUGCGGUAUAUUUUACUAUUUAUUGAAUGACGUUCGCAUCAGAACAUUUCUAUUUUUGUACUGUGUUAUACUGAAGUGCAAAGUUAAUGACAGUGUUGUUUUGUGUUGUCGGUUUUAUGUUUUUUUUUUAUUCCUUACAUUUUUGUUUAGCCUUUGUUUUUCCAGUAACAUCCUAUUGUUUAGUGUAUUUUCUGCUGUGAACUGUGACAUUGAUGGUUCACUGUUUUGGGCUGGGAUUGUUUAGCAUCUUAGCAAUAGUUUUAAGGCCUGAUUCAAUAUUUUGUUUUACUGGUCAGUUACAAAAUAAAUCUGAUCCACUUAUACCAAUUAGUACUGCAAUACGUAUAUUAUUACUAACACUAAGAUGUUACCCGGUCUUUCAAAUUGCCAGUAGUAAUUAUUUUCAAAGUAGGUUGUACACUGUUUCUAUAUAGCAAUAAUCGGAACCUGUUCCAGGCUGAAUUCAUUAUUUCUAACAGGGCAUAGUAAAGUUUUGCACAUUCACAGACAUGAGGAUGGUGAGCAUGUGUGUGUUUCAGACUUAUUUAUGUGUCUUAGACAGCUGAUGUCUGCAUUUGACAUGAAAAACUGUUUUUUUUUCAUUAGAGAUGCCAGCUGUUCCUGUUUCAAGGAAUAUAUGUUUUUAUGAGAAUUUCAUCUUUCAUGUGUGUAUGGAUGAUAAUGAUGAUGAUGAUGCACUGUAAAUCCAAACAUAAAGGAGUAGCUUUGUUUUCUUAUGUGCUCAACCAGGAUUCUAUUAGUGCCUAAAAAGGCUGGCCACUUUUAAGUUAAUUACGAAAUGCGGAUGAAAUGGAUGUGCACAUGCAUACAAAUAAAAAAAUAUACUUAAAA